AUGUUUGUCAGAUUUGUGCGAUCCUUGGCAACUCAAGCUACUCCCAAGUUACAGGAUGUCACCAUCAUUGGCGGUGGACCCGCGGGACUCACUCUUCUUACGGCAUUGAAAACUUCACCCAAUUUGAAACACUUGAAAUGCACACUAGUUGAAGGUUUUUCUUUAGACAAAGUACGAGAUUUCUAUCUGGACCCACCAACAGACUAUACAAACCGUAUAGUUUCUUUGACGCCCAAGUCAAUUGAGUUUAUGAACAAGUUGGGAAGCUGGGACUAUAUACACGAAGACAGGGUGAAGGAUUACGAUGGAAUAACCGCAUAUGACUCGCAAGAUGCGUCUGCAAGAAUGCUGCUUGAUAUUACCUCAAUUGGGCAAGAUACUUUGGCUUCUAUGUGCGAGGUUAUUAAUAUCCAAAGUUCUCUCUUGGCGAGAUUGGAAGAGUUGAAACAAGUUGAGAGUGACGAGAGCAAUACUGAUGCGUCAUCGGCGGGCUUUGACAUUCUUGAUGGCACUAAAGUUGUUGAAAUCGUUAGCCCCGCAGAAACGUUAGUUGAUUUGGAGAACCACGAUUUAAAUCAACCCGAUCCUACGGUGGGGAAUAGCAAGCUUGAUUGGCCAGUGGUUAAACUUUCGAAUGGUGAAUCCAUACAAACACGUUUGUUGAUUGGUGCAGAUGGAUACAAUUCACCGGUGAGGAAGUUUGCCGAAAUAGAAAGUCGAGGAUGGGCUUAUAACCGCUUUGGGGUGGUUGCAUGUAUUAAAUUGCAAUAUGAAGAUUUUAGGUCCGUGGGAUGGCAGAGAUUCCUCACUACUGGUCCUUUGGCAAUUUUACCUUUAACUGAAGAUAAUGCGACUAUUGUAUGGUCCAGCACCCCGCAAUUGAGCGAGUUACUACUUAAAGUUAACGAGGCUAUAUUCCCCCACUUGGUGACGGCAGGUAUGGUGCUUGAGGAAGUUGACCUCAAUUAUAUUUACAAAGUGUUGGAGAAAGACCCCAACGACUUUUCUGUUUUGAAGGAGAUUGAGUGGAGAUUAUCCAAAUUCAAGGCAAGAGACUUGGAAGAAAACUAUCCGUUGCCAGUGGUUGAACUUGUCCCCAAUACAAGAGCCCGGUUCCCACUAAAAAUGUCGCACGCAGACACAUACAUUGCUCCUCGAGUAGCAUUGAUUGGAGAUGCAGCACACACUAUACAUCCACUUGCUGGACAAGGGUUGAACAUGGGUCAAACUGAUGUUGCUGCAUUAAUUAAUGCGUUAGAGAAGGGCGUAAGCAGAGGAAUGGAUAUUGGGUCUACACUCGUGUUGGAGGAAUAUGUUGCAAAUGCAUGGCCAGGGAAUCAUGUGCUAUUGGGCGCAUGUGAUAAGUUGCAUAAAAUUUUCUCAACAGACUUUUACCCUCUUGUAGUUGCCAGAGGAUUGGGAAUGAAAAGUUUAAAUUACUUUGACGACGUGAAGGGAGUGAUGAUGAAGAUGAUUAGUGGUAGAUAG